CGCCUGAUUGUGAUCAUUCGCGAGGCUGAUCUUCAGUUCAGUCUGUGAUUUGUGACCUUGUGUUGGAGAUGCUGGAUCAUCAUCCGUGUGUGUCUCCGGUCAUCGAGGUCUUUAUUCCGUCUCUCAUGAGGGAAGUGGACGAGACGGGAAAGUUGCGCAAACUCUUCAGGUUGGAGAUUCUCUUCAAUGGAAGGAAGCACUUUGUUUUGCGGAGACAUCAUGAAUUUCAGACACUUCACCGGAAGCUGAGGAAAGUUCUGCACGCUCCCGAUUUCCCCAGUAAGAGAAAUCAGCACCUGAGAACCAAACCACUGGAGCAAAGACGGCUGGAACUCGAGGACUACAUACAGGUGAUUCUGUAUCAAAAUGAUGUUGUUCCUCAAGAGCUCCUGGACUUCCUCCAGGUCAAACAUUUUCAUUCGGCGAGCAAGACCUGCAGCUCUGAUCAAAACCAGUCAGAUGAGUGUCAAGGGCAGGGAUACAGAUUCCAGUUAUUCCAUCAGCGAGUUGUUGGUUUCUCGGCUGACCCUUACCAGCUUGAGUCCAGAUCAGGUCUCCCUGAUAUCGUGGCGGCCGGCGUCCUGCAGGGUUUUUACCCCAGAGACGUCAAAGUGAGUUUCAAAAAGAGCUGUGCUAAACCCAGAGGCCUCACCCGUGCACCAGAGCUGCCCGUGCAUCCCAGAAUCCCCAAUAUUACCAUACACAGAAGUAAUAUCAGCUCACUGCCAGAGUCACCGAGAAGAUGAGUGUUGUCCAGCAACUCCAUCUGCUUUAAACGUGCCUUUGCAUGUUUAGAAAAAAUCUUUCAUGUUUAGGCGUGUCAUAUUUUAUUGUGUGUCUCGGUUAUUUUCAUUUCAAAAGCAAAAAAAAUAGUCUAAUAAAGAACUGUGCUGACUGUAUUAUUGUGCACAAAAUAGAUUUAAAUCUAAAGUGCAUCUGCAAUUAUACAGCGUUUCAAUACGUUGUACUAAAUUAAAUUUAUGAUAUUUUUAAAAAGAUAUUAAAAUCUAGUUUUUGUGCAUAAUUUUAAUUGCAUAAUAGAUUUAAAUGUAAAUGUUUUAAGAGCAUAUGCAUGUUAUGUCAUUGCAGUAUGCUGUAUUUUAGUUUUUCCCCACAUUGUAUUAAAAUGUAGUUUUGUUUAAUUUAAAUUUUCAUAAUUAUGCAUAUAUUUUGUCUUUUAAAAUUCAAUGUAAAAUAUAAACUUCAUGAAAAUCACAUUCCGGGUUUGCUUACCUGUGCCAAGACAUUUGUCUGUAUUAUCAAAAACUUUAACACUUUAAUUAAAAUUAUUUCUAUGACAUAAAGAGCGUGUCUGAUUUGUUCAUGGUCAAGAAAAACACAAAACAAAAAGGCAUUUAUUUAAGCAAGAAAAAACACAAUUAAGAAAACCUGGAUCCUUUAUUGAAGAUUAGUUUACAAAAGCAGGUUGAAGUGGGUCAGGAAUCUGACCGUGUGGAAUGCCGGUUUGAACUGGACCCAGGAUGUGCCUCUCUGUGGAUCAGGACUGGUGUGUGUCGGACCCGCAAGGGGGCGGAGCUACAAUGAGCACACA